UCCUACCCUCUUUUGGUUUCUUCCUCUUAUCUCCUUUUUCCUUAUCUCCCUGCUGAGGCAACCUUCACUGCUCUCUCGCUGAGGCAAAUUAAGCUUCCCGAAACACCGCGAAACUGUUAAUUAAGACUCAUUAUGCGCGCGGCUUGCCGAGUUCACCGGUAGUGUUGGAGAAGAGAGAGAGAAGUUGUAGGAGUGGGAGAAAGAGGAAGAGGUGGAUAAGGUACGGGGUUGUUGGGAAAAGGCGACUCAAAACGUGGUUAAAGCCGGACGAAGCGAGAAGGGUAGGCAAAGUUGGUGGGUAUGGAAAGAUAGAGGAAGUAAGAGAAAACCAGAGGCAAAUAGAAAGAGAGACAGGAUUAGAGUGUGGGUAUCGAAGGGUAGGAGGAGGAUUCAACCCGAGUAGGAACUUCUUAAUACCGUGCUGGGUAGUCCGGGUUCAUUGUGGGAUCAAUACAGAGACGACGGUACGUAGGAGUGGCAACCGAUGCCUCAUUGGACGGUUGAUUCUCGCUCGUUGAUUGGCCGAGCUUGGUACUACCAGUAGGCGUUUCCUUUUGCCCGGUAACCCCUUCUUUUCCGAAAGGGGCUGAUCGAAAAGGGAAGAGAAGGGAAAAGAGACCUUUCCGACCCUCCAGCCAGCUGAAGGAGAGGAGGAUGUGCCACGCACGACCACGAAAAAGACAGAGAGGAAAAGGAAGAAAGAGUGAGAGAAAGAGUUAGAGCGGCGAGAAGGGAGAGGGGAACGAGAGAAAGAAAGAAAGAGAGAGAGAGAGAGAGAGAGAGUGAGAGAGAGAGAGACGAGCCUGUCCAUGGAGUUGGAAAAAGACGGCGGACGAGUCUAGGGAACGAGAGAGAGGGUGUCCAACGGUCGGUUCGGGGGGUUCAGUCUGUGUUCGCCCAUCAGAGACACACCAGCGGUGUAAUCUGGAGACAGCCGUUCCGUUCUCUCUAUCUCUUUCUCUAUCUCUAUCUGUCGAACUCGUGCAGAUCUCGCGUUCCUGUGUUUCGUGCUCCGUUCGUUCGUGUUCUUUGGUAAUCUUUAUCUACCUCUUUCUCGCUUGAUAACAGGAAACGAUCGACGUGCGAUACGCACGAACGUGAGAAGUGAGUGUGAUAAUGCUCGGAGUAUACGUGAUCAUUUUCGAGGUCUCUUAAAACGAUUUAAAGGUGUCAGCUUGUCGGGAGUGUCAGGAUCGACAAGACAGUUCCGUGUUUCUUGAGUUUAAAAAGUAGGACAAAAUAGGACGGGUCAAUGUUGAUCUACCGUCGAUACUAGGAUCCUGACACGGAAGAGAACAAGCUGAAAGGAGUGGAUUUGUCAUCUUCGACCCUUGUUUCUUAUAUCCGUCAAAAACGUCAGGAACGAGGAUCUAUCUUCCCGCGCUUUACAAGGACCUUGAUAAUCUAUCGAAAUUUUCUUAUCGCCUGCUAUUCGAUUCGUCAACAUGACAGCUUUUAAAUUUGUGCCAAGGUUUUUUCUUUUUCCGUAAUAAGAAGCAAUUUCAAUGAUGUACCAUCUAUACCAACUGUUGCGUUUUCGAUAGCAGUGUUCCAGUGAAAGUCAUAGACCGUCAAAACGCUUGCCGACGGACGAUCAUCGUAAUCGCGUUGAGCGAGCAUAUCUUUUCAUUAUCCAAACAAAUUGUCGUGUUGUUCUAAAUCAUUUGGACGUUCAGUUAGGUAGCUAGAAGUCUCAAAGACAGAAGUGGUCGGGUGCACGUGGCACGUUUAGAUUGAAAUUUUUACUUGACGUAAAAAGAAAAAAAAAAAAGAAAAAAAAAAGAGAAAAGAAAAAGAAAGAAGAGAGGAAAAAGAAGAAGAAAAAAUAAGAGGAAGGUGAUCAAGAGAGAGUGGAGGAGCCAAGUGGUGGUGGUAUUAGAACGGGUGGUGCGACGUUCGGGUACGCAAGUCGGCAGGCCGGGUCUGGGGUGCCAAGCCCGGGCGGGGUGAUGAGCUGCUCCGAGGUGAUGUAUCAAUAUUAUCAUCCUUACCUCUAUUCGAGGGCACCGCCGCCGCCGCACCCGACCCACCCUCAUGCGGCCCCGCAUGCGAAUCCUCAUGCGGCCCAUCACAGUCCGGCCAGGCCGGCACCUUUUCAACCGUUUUCCUCCGCCACGGCGACGCAUCAGUACGACAGGUGUCCUCUGAGAGAAACUUCGAAGAAUCAACUUACUAGUCCCUUUCCAGGGAUGACCGACUUCGAAGAGACAAUAUCGAAUAAGUUGAACGUACACCAAAGGUCUCUGGAAGCAGCGGGUUUGGAACUUUGUGGUGGUGGAGGUAGUGUACCGCAAGGUCAACCAAGUAGCGCGGGUUCGGUGGGAUCAGCACCGAGUCCAGCAUCACCUCGACCAACUCCUCAACCUCGACCACCUCUCGCGACUACUACAUCGCAGCCUUCGCGAACUCUCGACGAUGACAGAUCGACAGACGGGGCUGCUACAGCGGCGGAGGAUUCGGAUGAUGGUGAGAGUAGGGCGCAAUAUGUUAGCGCGAACUGCGUUGUCUUCACUCAUUACAGGGGGGAUGCCGCAUCCGAGGUUGAGGAACAUUUCCAAAGGGCACUGGCUCAUGACAAGCCCAAAGAAAAUAUCUCUCCCAUGUCGAUGAGGAACUUCCCACCAUCCUUCUGGAACAGUCAGCAUCCAAGUGAUGUUUACGAGUAUCCAACGGAUCCAUGGCACGCGCAUUAUGCUCCGUACCAACAUAGAGCGGUGCACGAGUAUCAUCAGCAUAACAUGGCCGCUGCAGCGAGUUACAGCGGGUUGCUUUUGGGUAGUGCGAGAGGACAUCACACGUCGCAUCACGCGGCUCACCACGCGGCACACCACGUGCACGCCGCGGCCUCAUAUAAGGACUGGACGUCGGCAACGCCAUCUCAGUCACUCGUAGACGUAUCCUCGGCGCCGCCCUACCCUCAUGGCCCUUAUGCCUCCCUCUCCGGUCUCGAGUCGCAAGUGCAGGAUUCCAAAGAUCUCUACUGGUUCUAGAAGCGAGCGCCGAAGUUUCGCGAACCGAACUGAUGAAUCGCGUGAUUUUCCAUGAACGCGAGGAGUCCAUUUUAGUUCGUCGUUUGUUCUUUCGACGAGAAUUUCGUACGAGCUUAUUGUUAGUCGGAACGAAGGGAAAAAAAAACGAUAAAGGAGAGGAACUUUGUUAGGAACGUCGAGAGAAACAUGAAUGAAAAAGAUAAAAGAAGGAGAAUUGGAGUGUACAUAGUGUUACCUAAAUCUUUUAAGGAUCUACGAUUAGUGUAAACUCAAAAUAGUAUUAGAGAAACGGUUGCGCGCACUAUUACCUUCAUAGUGACUGCUGUUCGAUGCUGAAAGGAAUCUCUAGUUCACAUAGCGUGUAGGUAAUUAGAUCGUCGAGGACAAAUUCCGUCAAUUGGGAAUUGCAGGCGUGAAAUCUUUUUCCGAUCUUUUCAUUCGUUGGACCAAAUCGCUGGAAAAUGGAAACCGAUCCUUUGAAAUAAUAGAUUAGAUGCGUUUUGUAAGCGCAAAUUUUUGAGGGAGUUUGUCCUGGUUUUUGCGAAUCUAAAGUUUCCAAAUAAUCGCGGACGAAGGAUUACUUUUAUCGAAUAAUAAAGAAACGAUCUACACGUAUGUUUUUUAUUUUAGAUCGUCAUUGUGAUAAUAGAUAAAAUGGAAAGAGAGAGAGAGAGAGAGAGAGAGAGAGAGAGAGAGAGAAAGAGAGAGAAAGAAAUCAUCGGAAAAUAAUUGGUACGAUUCUGCGUGUUAUUUGGCGAAUUUAGAUGCGAGCGAUUUAAGUAAAGUAUUUAUUGACCAAUGACCUUGCCAUAUAUUAUAUAUUGCUAUUACUAUUGUAUCAUAACAAGCUGGGCGCUACGAGAAGAUUCCGAAACAUCUCCAAGUUGGCGAAUUAAAACAA